GAACUCCUUCAUAGAUAUUCUUCGUGCGAUCCUACUUUCCUUGGAAGUGCUCAUUGAAGAUCAAGAGCUUCAGAUAAAUGGCUUCAUUCUAAUUAUAGACUGGAGCAACUUUUCCUUCAAGCAAGCUUCCAAGCUUACACCAUCUAUCCUCAAACUGGCCAUUGAAGGGUUACAGGACAGCUUUCCUGCACGUUUUGGAGGAGUCCAUUUUGUCAAUCAGCCCUGGUACAUCCAUGCCCUCUACACACUAAUCAAACCAUUCCUCAAAGACAAGACAAGGAAAAGGAUCUUUCUUCAUGGUAACAACCUGAACAGUCUUCACCAGCUAAUACACCCUGAAUGCCUGCCCUCUGAAUUUGGGGGGACUCUUCCUCCCUAUGACAUGGGGACAUGGGCUCGAACAUUACUUGGUCCUGACUACAGUGAUGAAAAUGAGUACACCCACACCUCCUACAAUGCCAUGCACGUGAAGCACGCAUCCUCCAACCUGGAGCGGGAGGCCUCACCCAAACCCAUGAAAAGGUCCCAGUCUGUGGUGGAAGCUGGCACGCUGAAACAUGAAGACCAUGGGGAAAGCGAGAACACCCAACCACUGCUGGCUCUGGACUGAGCUCUCACAUGCCCAACAGACACAGAUCCAUGAGCAGACUUCCACCAUGCCAGAAACCCACAGAGCACACCACACACACAGACACACACGUGUUUCGACUGAUAAGUCCUUUAUGUUUCCUGACCAAGUAACAAACUGUCACCAGCCAUCUCUGUGCGGCCAAUGCUGAACAAAAACUGAGAAAUUUCUAUUGACACAGGAGUCUGUCCAUAUACAAAGAAUUUCUUUUUUUUUGGACUUAUGACAUUAAAAUAUUGGAAAUUUUGGGACUGCAUUCUCUGUUUAAAGAAACCAGGGUGUGUCAGUAGUGCUCCUG